CAUUUACGUAACCGGAACAAAUAACGCGGCAUGAUAGCGCCGCAGAAAUGAAUGGGUGCAGAAAUUAAGUAUGUUGACGUUGUUGUACUCGUAAGUUCGUCAUGUUUAACGUUGAUUAACGCAUGUAAAAAAAAAAAAAGAGACGGACUCAUCAAUGGAGUGUGACAUUUUGGACUCGUUAGAGCAUCUUGGCUAUGACGGCCCUCUGCUGGAGGAGAAGGCUCUGCUCGGAGCCGCAGAGGGAGGCUUGUCCUCUCCUGAGUAUGUGGACCUGUGCAGGUGGCUGGCAUCCAGGUUAAAGCCGCUGUGCGAUCUGGAGGAGAGCAUCACUUCCGGUCCAGACGACAGGGGCAGCCUUCAGGUGGAGAUGAGUGGUUUGCUGAAGGAGCUGCACUGUCCUUAUAAAGAAGUAAUCUCAGGGAUUCUCAAGGGAAGUGUGCGAAGUUCAAAAGAUCAUCUUAAGUUUGUCUUGUUUUUAAGCUCUGAGCUCCAGGCUGCUCAGAUUGUGAGGAGCAGACAAGCCUCUGAACAACAAGAAGAUAGUCCGGUGUGUCAGGAGCUCCUGGCAAUCUGUGAAACACUGAAUCUGCCAGAGCCCAAAGGACAGGACGCAGCAGGUGUUAUGUCUCAAGUCCAAGACAAGGUUGAUAAAGUACUUAAAGAUCUUCCAAAUGGCUCCAUGAAAAACCCAGUGUUAAAUAAGCCUCUGUCCAGUGAACAAUGGGAGAAGUUGUACAACAUAAACAAGGUUCUGUCUUCAGAGUAUGAGUGUCGGCGCAGGAUGCUGAUUAAACGGCUGGAUGUCACAGUUCAGUCAUUUGGGUGGUCAGACAGAGCCAAGGUGAAGUUGGACAGCAUGGCGAGGGCCUACCAGCCUAAGAGACACUCUCUGAGGCCACAGUCCACAGUGGACAUGGCCGAGCUGCUGGCUGCCAGAGAAGACAUCUGCAAUGUGGUGAAGACCAGCAGCGGCUCCAGUAGGGAGAACACUGCUUGUGCUGUCAACAAGAUCCUGAUGGGGAGAGUCCCGGACAGAGGAGGACGCCCCUCAGAGAUACAAGCCCCAAGGCCUGAGAUGCCGCCCUGGCAAAAAAGACAAGAUGGCGGCGGAGGUGGUGGUGGCUGGGGAGGCCGAGGUGGCGGUGGUGGAAGAGGAGGAGGUUGGAGAGGAGGUGGAUGGAACCAAGGAGGACAUGGUGGACAUGGAAACUAUGGAGGACAGGUUGGGCACGGAGGAAAGAGAGGACGCUACCAGUAUUAAUUUCUACUUAUAUUCGCUUGUUGUGAUCCAGAUAUGGUUUUUCACAUGAACUCACUUCUGUUUUUAAUGAGGAAGAAAACACUUGGAUCUGAUGGCAGUGAAAAAUCUUCAUGUAGAUGAUUUAUAAUGCUUCAAAUUAUACUAUUAGUGUUUAAAUUUAGAAAAAUAUCAUUGUUUUUAAAAUGAAAACACCAGUAUUCCUGUAACAUCUGCGCCGGGACAUAUUAUAGCUGUGUCCCAAAUCCAGACUGCGUGUGUUUUCUAAGGAAGAUUUUGGUAUGUUUUUAAGUUUAUUUAACUUCACAAAAAAACCUUGAUUUUUGAGUGUGCUGUUGAUUCACCAUAUCCUCCCACAAUGCAAUGCACAACAGAAAUGGAGGAGCUUGAAAAAUUAUAUUAACUAAUAGUAGAUGGUAGUCAAAUAUCUCCAGAACUACAAACUAAAAAAAAUAUUUUUAACCAUUAAAAUGUGUAAUGUUUCUUUUAUACCAACAGAUACUGCAAAUAAACAAACAAAGAUGAUACUAUAAAGAUUAGUAUUUACUGUAUAUUAUCAUUUAUGUAGUGUAAAACUGGGACACAGCUUGUAUUCCCAACAAGGUUUAGGUACCAGAGGGGACACUAAGCGGACUCCUGAACACUGAAAAGACCGACAAAGUAAAAUAUGAGCUCUUAACCCUUAACAUUUCGCCUUUUUACACUGAUGAAAUUGAAUUGUUUGAGGGAUUUGAGACUACAGUGAAGGACGUUGAAAAUUAUGUCUGCAAAACUUAAAAGGCGAAUGCAGACGAGCAACGUUUCCCUGGCUAAAGAGGUGUCAGUGUGAACCCUGAUAACUGAAACCACUGCAACCUGGUGGGGAACAAGCAGAGGGCACUGUCAGAAGAUUGGUCUCAAACACAGAGAGGUUCAACUUCUACAUCGCUCUGUAAGUCACACUCAAGUGUCCUCUGCCUCCCUCUCAAGGACAAGAGAUGGCUCCCUUUAAAUCCAUAUUUUACUUUACUGACUGGAACACAACAGCUAUCGCCUCCUUUCUUUGAAGUUUCUUUGCCAGCUAUCAUGACUGUGAUCCUUUUUAACCUCUGAAUUUAUUUAAUAAACCUCUCCCAAAUAUG